CAUAACAGCUAGGAGAACUUGAAGGCAGCAUUACUUCUGGUGGCGAGUUUGUGGAACGCAAUCAAAAUAACAAGAACACGCUUUAAAAAACGAAAUCAAAUUAUAAUUAUUAGUGAUCAGAUUAUUUGGAAGAAUGACUAAUCAUAGCUGGCAAUUCUACUGCUAUCAGUCUUGAGAUAUGAAUGAAGCAGGGGGAGAAGCGCAGCCAUCAGUGGCAUCGUCAAAAAACGUAAUAAUGAAAUCACAUGGAGGUGCUCUUGUGCUCACAUGACAAUCUGAGCCAUGGCAGGAGAGAUCACUGAAGGUUCAGUUCCCCCAUACUACAGGGAAGUAUAUGAGGCCAUCCGCUGCAGGACAGAUGAGCGAGUGCAGGUUGAGGUGUUCCAGCGGCUGCUUCAAAGGACUGAUCUGAACAAGGCUGUUGUAGACCAGAUUUCUGAGCAUGUUGACUGCGCAGAUGGAUCCCUGAGCAAGUUGUCCCUCUAUAAAGCACUGGCUUUGAUUGCUCUUGCUCAGCAGGGAAAGCAACCAAGCCCCAAACUUUUGGAGAAUUGCAUACAGGAGUUACCGAAGCCCCAGCUCGGUGAGCCGAAGGACUUGUGUUCGUUAAGGAUGCAGCCGGCUCAGGAGGACGCGCUGACAGUGUCCCAGACCCUGGACAAGCUGCUGGCCAAGGACACAGUCCAGGUGGAGCUCAUACCUGAGAAGAAGGGCCUGUUCCUCAAACAUGUGGAGUACCAAGUCACCAGCCAGCAUUUCAAGAUAUCAGUUUAUAGAAGAUACAGUGAUUUUGAUGUCUUCCAUGAGCUUUUACUGCAGAGAUUUGCCUACAGAAUGGUGCCGGCAUUGCCACCUAAAAGAAUGUUAAAAGGAGUCCUGACCUCCGUCUCAGAACGCGAGUUCAUUGAAGGAAGGCGACGCGCUCUUUGCAGAUUUAUUAAUUUGGUGGCACGGCACCCCUUCUUCUCCGCAGAUGAGCUGGUCAAGACCUUCCUAACCUUCAAUGGCUCUGAUGUGCAGACGAAAAUGCGUGAUGCUCACAAGAAAAUGGGUGACGAGUUCAUGACCAACAGACUUGCAACCCAGGCAAAGGAGUAUCUCCCCACCGACAUUCAGGUCCAGUUCUCCACAAGCAGGGAGCUCAUUAGAAAUAUCCACAACAGCUUCCACAAGCUGCGGGACAGAGCCGAGAAAAUGGCAGAGCGCUCGAAGGAGAACGCAGCUGAUCUCCUCAUGUUUGGCAGAGAGCUCAGUACGCUGGGCUCAGAUACUUUGCCCAUUCCUUCCUUGGCCUCUUCACAAGGCGCCUGGGGGACGCUGCGCCAGUCGCUCAAAGGUCUGUCUGUGGAGUUUGCUGUGCUGUCUGACAAAGCCGCUCAACAGGGCAGAAGGGAGGAGGAUGACGUGGUGGAAAAACUGAAUCUUUUCCUGGAUUUGUUGCAGUCCUACAGAGAUCUGUGUGAGCGGCAUGAGAAGGGCGUGCUCCACGAGCAUCAGAGAGCUCUGCAGAAGUACAGCAUGAUGAAGAGGCAGAUGAUGAGCGCCACGGUGCAGCCGAAAGAGCCAGCGUCUGUGGAGCAGCUGGAGUCGCGCAUCGUUCAGCAAGAAAAUGCAAUUCAGACCAUGGAGCUGCGGAACUACUUCUCUCUGUUCUGCCUUCAUCAAGAGACACAGCUUAUCUUUGCCUACCUCCCUAUCACAUCUCAUAUUCUGGGGGCUUUUGUUAAAUCCCAGGUCCAAGGACACAAAGAGAUGGGUGCAGUGUGGAACGAUCUCCAACCAAAACUUGGAUGUCUCUUUGGUGGCAAUAAUGGAACGCAGCCCUCCAUCUAAAACCCAAAUUCACACGGGGUCCAAGAGGGAGAAACUGCUCUCCCUCCGCUGCUGCUGAUGAAGAUCACAAACUGACAAAUGUUUUGCUCUGUGAGCUACUGGAAAAAUACACAAAAAGUUUAUUUUUCUCCCGCAAAAUCUUCCACUCCAUGAUAUAUAUACAUCGUGCCUUCAAUAAGAGGAUUUUUUUUUUAAAUGUAAGCGGUCUGCCUUAUGUGAUUCGUAACUUUUUGCUGUUUUUGCUUCAGUGGGCUUAAUGAGUCACUAAAUGGAAGAGAUGGCGCUCAGAGGAAGAGCGUGCUCAUAAAUCUGUCACACGGAGCUCAUCUUGAUGGGAACAUCAACCUCAGAGUCCAGCUUGGAAACAGCCGAUACUGCCAAUGAGGAAGGAAAUUCCUCUUAACUUGCCAUGUGAUAAGGGACUUCAACAACAACAGCGAAUUCACGUCUUCAUCUCAUUCCUGAACCAGAAGUGUUUAUACCUUAAACUUGUGAGAAAUUAAAUACACUAAGAUAGUUGAAGAGAAAAUGUGACAAGAGGAGACAAAAGGGUUUUCCCACAUUAAGGGAUAGAUUCUUUAAUUAUUAGUCAUGAAGGUAUUAGGAUCCUGCCUCUGAAUAACUAUAGACCAAUAUAUUUUUGAUACAUUUUUAGAUGAUAAGGAAGUGUACUGGCAUACUUAGCUUUUUUUUUUUGGAGAACAACUGUGCUAUUACUCUGAACUGUUAUAGUCUUGGUAACUUUAAUUAUAUUUACAUUUAUACGUGGCAAUAAUUUUGCCUUCUCUGGUUAAAUUCUCUGCAGGUUGAAAAAAAAAAUAAGCUAAUUUGAAAAGCCUAAGAUUGUACAGUACAAUACAAACGGCAUAGGAAUCACUGAUAAGACGAUCAACUCUGGCAACAGUGGCCUAAAUUAUCGCACUAAUAACACUAUUAUCUAUUGAUUUAUGUACCAAAGAUACAGGCUAUAAAUGUGCAGUAACCCAUGUCACAGUUUCCAAUUUUUUAAAAUACUUUGGUUUUGUUUUUUUAACAUUUUGGAGUGCAGUAUGAUUUAUGCAGUACUAAGCAUCAUCACUCUAUUAGUGAAGGUUAUUCUUCACAGCAGCAAAUAUCAGAAUAUGUGUAGUUGUGUGUGUAUAUCCGGACAGAACAAUAGUUUAACAUAUUUUUUUUCUGUGAUUUCCAAAUGUAGCAAGACUUAAUAUAAAAUUAUUUUUUUUCCAUUCAUUUCCAGGCCUGUGCUGGAACCCUGAUUGAAGUUUCUGUGAUUGACUAUUAUUCUCUAUCGAUGCUUCUCAGAUACUUGGCAUGAACAUGACUGCUCCUUUCUAUCUUUAUGCAUAUAGGUUUACAGAACACACAUAUUUUUCUACAAAAAAAA